UGCCUGGAGCCCUGCAAAGAGUCCUGGGACCUGAAGAAAAACCAUUGCCAAAGCUUCUGUGAGCCUCUUUUCCCCAAGAAGAAUUAUGAAUGCCUAACUAGUUGUGAAUUCCUUAAGUACAUCCUGUCUGUGAAGCAAGGGGACUGCCCAGCACCUGAGAAGGCCAGUGGUUUUGCAGCUGCCUGUGUUGAAAGCUGUGAAGCUGAUAGUGAAUGUUCUGGAGUGAAGAAAUGCUGUUCCAAUGGAUGUGGUCAUACGUGCCAAGUUCCAAAAAAUCUGUACAAAGGUGUUCCACUGAAACCCCGGAAAGAAUUAAAAUUUGUAGAACUUCAGUCUGGAGACCUGGAGGUGAAGUGGUCUUCAAAAUUCAAUAUUUCCAUUGAACCUGUGAUCUAUGUUGUUCAGAGGAGGUGGAAUCAAGGAAUCCAUCCAAGUGAGGAUGAUGCUACUAACUGGCAAACUGUGGCACAGACUACGGACGAGCGGGUUCGGCUGCCAGAUAUCCGAGCGAGCAGGUGGUACCAGUUCCGCGUGGCAGCUGUGAACGUACAUGGGACGAGAGGCUUCACGGCACCCAGCAAGCACUUCCGAUCCUCAAAAGAUCCGUCUGCUCCACCAGCUCCAUCUAAUAUCAGAAUUGCCAAUAUCAGUGCAAAUAAUGAUGGGAGUGUAAAUGUAAUGAUUACUUGGGAUCUUCCAGAAGAACCUGAUAUCCCAGUGCACCACUACAAAGUCUUCUGGAGCUGGACAUAUAGCAAACAUGUAAUCCCAGCUAAAAAAAAGAGAAGGAAGAUCACCAAUGGGGCCCAAAAUCAUGUGGUCCUGGAGGGACUCCAACCCAACAGCAACUACAAUGUAGAACUGCAGGCAGUAACACGUUGGGGUCAGAUACGCCUGAAAAGUGCUAAGGUAUCUCUCCAUUUUAGCACGACUCAGGACACCAGGAAUAAUAAGGAACAGACAUCUUCUGCUGUGAAAGCCCAGAAAGGAUUGGUGGAUCCUUACCCAACAUUUCAAAGAAGAAAAACCACCCGCUUUCUUAAAAUUGGAGCUCCUUUCUAUCAGGACAAUCAACUUCAGGUCAAAGUCUACUGGAAGAAGACAGAUAUCAGCAUGAAUCAGUUCCAAGUCCACUGGUUAUUGGAGUCCUGUGCACACAAUGACACCAAAGGCCUUGGGAAAGUAACUGAGCUGACUUAUGAAAACUACAUGAUUCUGAAGGACUUGUCAUUUUCAUGCAAAUAUAAAGUAACUGUUUUGCCUGCAAAAUCUAAAGGUCGUUUUAAGGCUGAGAGUAUUUUCUUUGUUACCCCACCUUGCUCUGCAUUUAAAGAAAAAAACAACAAGCACAUUAAUUGUCCCGCUGAAGGAGUGCCAGUUCUACCCAAAGUGUUGGCCAAACCCGAGAACCUAUCUGCGUCUUUCAUUGUUCAGGAAGGUAACAUCACUGGUCAUUUUUCCUGGAAGAUAUCUAAGGCAGACCUUCACCAGCCCAUGACAGGGUUUCAAGUCACUUGGGCAGAAGUAACCACAGAAAGCCGGCAGAACAGCUUACCCAACAGCAUCAUUUCACAGUCGCAGAUACUGCCAGCGGAUCAUUAUGUACUCACCGUGCCCAACCUGAGGCCAUCGAUGCUGUACCGCUUGGAAGUUCAAGUGCUGACAACUGGUGGGGAAGGGCCAGCUACGAUAAAAUUGUUCCGAACACCCGACCUUCCUCCAUUUUCACCCCUCAGACCUCAUCUGAAGCAACACCAUCCACACCACUACAAGCCACCCCCAGAGAAAUAUUAGACUGUUUCAGAUGAUUAUACAAAUAACUGAGAGAAAAACUGAGCUCCCAAACGAGGGCUGGGAAAAGGCACAUCUGUAGGAGCAAUGAACCCAAUUUUCCAGUGGAAGUUACCCCCCUGUACUAUCUAUGUCUACUUCCCUGUAGUUUAGCCAUGAAGAAUUAUAUUUGCACCAAGACCAGGAUGAAACAUACAGCAAGUAUCAUUUCAGUACCA